CACAUCACUAACUCCUGUUAAAGCAGUUGUGUGUUCUGUGCGAUUGCGUGUAUGCAAGAAGUGUUAUUCAUCCCGAGUUUUGUUUGUUCCAGCAAUUUCCAGAAGUAUUAGUUAUGGGAAUCUUUUUUGCUAAAGAAGAAUCGGUUAAUACCGCAAGAAUUGAGUCGGAUGUGAUUGGUUUGACUGUCAAAAUAAAAGACGAAGAAGAAAAUAUCGAUAAAUAUGUAAAGAACCAAAUAAUAGCAGCGUUGCAGAUUUACCAAAAACAGAUAGAACAAGAAUCUAAGAGAAAGAAUAUAUUACCAAAGAAGUCAUUUAAAAUUCAGGAUUCAAUUACUGUAGCCAUCAAACAAUUGGACAAACUACCGGUUAAAAAUUUUCAAGGGAAAAAUAUACCUGAAGUUGACAGAGAUUUCUAUGAAUUAAAAACUCAGUUGCUUAGUAUUAUGAAGAACGUGGAAGAGGAUAAAAUAGAGGAAAGUAAGUAUCACAACUUACUGAAAACAGUGGCUGCGUGUAGCCAGAGGCUCUAUACUUUUCCUGCCGCUGACAUGAAGGACGAAGAAAAAGAAAAACUUUCCAUUUUAUUUUUAAAAAUAUAUUUAAAAUGCCCAAAAACAAAAGUUUCCACCAUAUUAGAAGAAACUUCGCAGAACUUAAAUCAGGUUAUUAAAAAUUUUGAUCGGUUCGAUUACAGGAAUGUAAGUCCAUUUAACGCACAACAGACGAAAAAAAAUCUAAUAAAGAUAAAGUCUAAAACAAACCUUAUCUACAAUCUCAGUCGAGAAGGAAUAAUGGAAAUGAAUCGAAAAAGUGGGAGAAAUGGAGAAUCAAGCAGGAAUUCAAAUUCUAGUCGGUUUAGCGCCGAGGCCAAUUUUCAAGAAACAGCAAGCUUUGCACGUAAAGUCAAGAAGAGUCAUAACUUGUUAAAAUACAUAGAAGAUAAUUUAAAUGAUUGUGAAAAAAUCAUAGAAAGGCUUUACCCUCCCAUUGACGGUAAACUUGUGGGAGAUUUGUCAAAACGGAUAAACGAGUUAACUAUAGAUAAACUGAAACAAGUAAAAGCAGAAAAUGAGGACAUUGCUCAAAGAAAAGAAAUCUUACGGAAGAAAGGUACUGGGCUUUCGACCAAGUUGAUAAACAUAGAAAAAGCAACUAAAGAAAUUAACGACAUUUUUAAGUUGCUUAAGAAGAUAGAAGAAGAAGUUUUUCAGAUUGUUUCGUCACAUGUUGAUUUCAUGGAGAAGAAAAAACUUUUGGAAGUAUGCAAAGAAAAAGUUAAUGCUAUUACCAACAACUACAAUGACAUCUGUAUCCAAAAACUGCAAGUUUUAAACAUGAUUGAAGGAACGAUUGUUUUUGAAAUAAGUAACAAUUUGAAACGAAUUUGUAAAACUCUCAAGCAGCAGAAAAUGUACGCAGAACAAUUUCCUUUUCCAUUUUACGUUACAAAUUAUGAGAUUAAAUGUGAAGAGGUGAGAAUGCUUUUGAAGCAGGUUGAAGAAUUACCAAAAGAAUAUCGUUGCAUGGAAAUUUUUAAGCAGAAUACAAGCACCAAAAUUCGCAGUAUCUUGGAAAUUUUAAAUAAUCAAGGGAUAUAUAAUGGACAGCUAAUUUCUGCUUUAAGUUACUUAGAAAACAUAAAAAAUGAAGCGGCAAAUGUUGACUGUGACACAGUUACAGACGCUUUAUCAAUUCUUCAAUUCUUCAAUCAGCUUCGCCAUAAAAUAGGCGAGGUUGAAAACAAUUUCAGCAGUAGGGUGAUGACAAAGAAAAAAGAAAUUCGUCUGUUCUUACAAAGCGUGGAAGCAAAAAUUGUGGCAAACUGUCCACAAGCUUUCCAAGAAAUCAAAAUUAAGUUAAAUGAGUAUGAAAAUCAAGCGCAAGGGUAUAUUUAUUCUGUUUCAACCGAAUCUUAUCUUCAAAAGCGCAACGAAAUUUUCAGUUUCGCACAUAAAGCUGUAGAGUAUUUUAGUAGCGAUGGUCGUGCGACUGAUAUUAUGUCAAAUACGGUGAAUUUAACUUUGUUUUUAUUAGAAGACAUGGCGAAAAAGAACGAAGAGACUUGCGAAUGUAUGUAUUCUUUGAAUGAUAUCGAACAAUUAAUACUUUCAUAUUCGAAGGAACUAUCUUUUGAAAAACGAAUAGAAUUAUUGAAAAGUCAUGAAAAUGUUCUUAGCUCAAUAAAAAAAUCUUCGUAUAAUUUGGAUGUUUUGAACAAGGUGUCAGAUAUUGAGACAAAAAUCGCUUUUGAAAGGAGUAAACUUGACAUUAUACAGAAAACUGGAGUCUUGGAAGGCAUUAAAGAAUCUAUAAAAUCAAAUGCACCAGUUGUACCACAAGAUGUCUUCAAGAACGUAGUCGAUAAGCUUUUUUUCCUGAAAAACUUCGUCGAAGACAUGCCCCAAGGAAAUCCAGAAUUGGAUUCUCAAAAGCAGAGCUUUCUUAAAGAAUUAUAUAAGUGUUUACAAACAGUGGAUGCGACGUUAGCUAAUUACGUCGUUACUGUAAAACAACCUGAAUCAAUGUUGGAACUGAAAAGUCACUUUGAUUUUAAUACUGAUUCUUUUGAUGUUUCUAAACACAGUAUUGAGUUCGUUCGGUUGAUUCGGAAAAGAGCCGAAACUUAUGAAGAGAGUGUGAAAUUUUAUUUGGGUACGAAUUAUUCCGUGGAUUAUUACGUCAUUCAUGAAAAUUUAGUACGCAUAUUGGAGGAGCUGGACAAGAUUGUGUGUGGCAAAAAUGCAGACCUGCUGAAGGAAGUGGUUGAGGUUAUUGACUACGUGAAAAGUUUAAUUCGUCAUCUUGACAACAACGCGAUUGACGAAUAAUUAUUUCUUUAUAAAUUGUAAUACCGUCAGCAUUCUCGGAUAUGCUGCGUUCUUUGGAUUAAAUUGUUUGAUGUUUCUAAGCAAGUACAUAUGAAAUAUAGUUAGCAAGAAAUCAACGUGAUCUUAAGAAGCGCCGCUAAUUCAAGAUACGACCAUGGUUUCACCCAAAAACCUUAAUUUAUAUAAACAAAGUAUGUGGUUACAAAGCUCCCGCUUGUUUUACAAAUACUUUGUGCUAAAAUAUGUCAAUAUAUUUAAUAUAUUUAAGUAUGUAAAUGUAAGAAGUCUAGUACAAUUAUACAAGUCUAUAUUAACCUUAAUAAACGUGAGAAAUUAGGUGCACUAGUAUUGUCUGUUAUAGGUGCAUUGUUUGGAAAAACUAUAGACUUAAUUCCAGGGCAUACCACAAAACAUGUAGCCUGACCACUACACUACGAGGCCGCUUAUCUUUCUCCGCUUACCAACGCGUUAUUGUGCCGCCACACAUAUUAUAAACAAAAGAACUGAUAAAAUAGUCACUCAUUUCUAAAAGCUCACAUUCUUUUAGCAUUAGAAAUUAUUCCCUUUUUAAAACUUAAGUGAAUUACUAUGGUAAGAAACUCCAUACACGUAUGAGGUAAUUUUACAAGAGGCGAAAAGGACCGAGUAGAGGUAAGUAUGUAGAUAAAUACGUUUCAUUUAUAUAAAAAAAAUCCUUCGAUCU